ACGUAGUUUGAACCCCAGAGUUACACAUACUAAAACAAAAUGUGUAAAAGCACUCGUCCCCAUUCGCUCAGUGGCACCAAACAGAGAUGCUAUCACGAUUUUCUCCAGCUCCACUUAGAGUUUUGUCGCCUCCCUCCGUGUGAAGUGGGCGGCCCUGCUUGAAACUCCUCUUUGAAGUUCGCAAGUUGUUCAACUUUUGCCUCCACCAGCACUCAGCAGCACUUUCCUGAUUGGGUUUACGCGAUCGGUUCUGUUCCGCGAUGUUUGGAUCCGACCUGUGAUCUUAUUGACAUGCGAUAUGGCUCCUUUUGGAAGAAACUUUCUGAAGGCGCGUUUGAAGAGCAGGUCUAAAGUGGUAGAGGAGACACCAGGGAAGGAAAUCCAGGUGCUUGUGUGUCAAGAAGAAAAAGUAGUCUGUGGUGUGACCAAGCACACAACCUGUGCAGACAUAGUCAAGGCUUUACUGGAGGAUCACAAGACCAUACCAGAAAGUAAAAGGCUUUUACAUGGGGAACCUAAAGACUUCUGUAUCCUGGAGAGGUGGAAGGGUUUUGAGAGGGCACUGCCGCCUCUCACUCGAAUCCUCCGGCUGUGGAACGCAUGGGGCGAUGAGAAACCUUUCAUAAAGUUCGUCCUUAUGAAGAUCAGUGAUUUUGUGCCAUCAUCCAAGGGAGCCAAAAGGGCAUCAAAGUCUCGAGGAGCGAGGUCUAAAAGAUGGGACCAAGGACCUGCACAGUACGCCAAGACAGUAUCAGCAGAGAAGCAAAAACGAAUGGUGAAGAAAGCCUUUCGCAAGUUGGAGAAGAUCCAGAAAGGAGAUACUUCAGAAGGCUCUGAGGAGAUUAACAAGCUUAUGCAGAUGAUCAUCUCUCAGGAUCAGACUAUCCGGCAGCAGAUCCACCAAAUGCGUGAGCUAGAUUUGGAGAUUGAACAUGCAGAGGAACAAAUGAGCAGCCCAACACCUCGCUCAAGCAUCACAGAAAGUGAUGACGGACCGUCUCAUUUUGACAACCAUUUUCAGGAGUAUUUAUACACCAGCGAUGGAAUCGAGCAACUGGAUCUACAUGUUCGCAUACACCAAGAACUCAUUGACCAGCUCUCUCAAGAUAUAGACGUGGAGCUGAGGAGCUGGACUUCUGAUUUGGAAGAUUUUAAAGGUGCAGCUGCUGCUUGUCCAGAACUAGAUGGAGAACCAAACCUCUCGUUGUCCUCAACAGAUCUCUUUGAGCUGGAAAACUUACGCAAAGAACUUGAGACAAGCAUGAGAGCUGGACUUUCCCUUCAUUCCCAAAUGCAGGAUAUUGAGAAGGAACUGCAGCGGAACAAAACAUUCUUGCAGUCCCAGAACCAAGAAUACCAGCAUCUUGUUGCAGAACUUGGUGCACUUGAGGUGGGGGCCUGUCCAGACCAGCCAAACCCUGCAUCUCUGAAGACCCAGAUCAGGGCCACUGUCUCUGAGCAGGCAACAGGCAAGGUCAGACAGACUUGUUCACCUGCAGAUGUGACGGAUACAGACUCAGACACUGGAAUAAGCUCAACUCACAGUCAGGACUCUUUGUCGCCUUGUGUGGACAGAUCACCUCCUCUGGACACCGAUGUUUGAAGCUCCAACCAAGAAACACACAGUUUAAAGCAGUGUUUCCCAACCCUGUUCCUGGGGGCACACUAACAGUUCAUAUUUUGGAAAUGUCUUCCUUGUUUGACCCGUUCAUUUCAGGUUUUGGAGUUUUUUCUAAUGUUCUGAUGAGUCAGUUCAGGUGUUUUUGAUUAGGAAGAGUUAAAUGUGAAGUGCUGGUGUGCCUUAAGCAACAGUUUUGAGCAACACUGUUUUAAAGUUUCAAAAUGAAUGUCAAUGGCACUUGAAUGGAAAUAGAGUGAGUCUGUGUCGUGCAGAAUCCAAUGUAGAAGAAUCACUAAUUAUAGUGGAUUCUGUUGCUUUUAGCCAUGUCGCACUGCUUAUAUACUCUUCAACAGCAGUUCUCAAUCCUGUUCCUUUAACACCUCCUGCAAUGUAUAUUUAGUAUGUUUCUCUUACCACUUCAGAGGUUUGUUCCAUUUGCUGAUAAGUGCCCUGCAAAGUGGACAUCACAGAAUAUUCUGCCGUGCAUGUUGAAUUCAAGGACGUGACUUCUAUGCUAAUCACAUGAUUACGGUUCAAUACGAUUCACAUUUCUGUAAUGAUUGAAAUUGCUGCAAAUAGUGUUGUAGCUCAAAUAUUUUCACAUUUUUAAUGAACUAACUUAAAGAUAAGUUGAUUUGGAGAGCAAUGAAUUUAGGGAACAUGUCGAUCUCAACACAGUCUUGGAGCUUGUUAUCUAAAUUAGGUGUGUUAAACACAAGACACAUAAAUUAAGCUGUGUGGGGGGCCGCAAGGGCCAGAAUUGAGAACCAGUGCACUAGAAAACAACCAAAUAGGUCUUUUGUGCAAGCAUCUUAUUACAACCGUUUUAAAGUAAAAUGCCCUCUAGCUGGUGUAAAAA